CAGCCAGCCGCCCCAGACCGUGCGGGCCAUCUCGGUGACAUCCGACGAGGCAGUAAUCACCUGGGCGGAGCCCCCGCGUCUGACACUGCACGGCGUGCUGAAGGGUUACCGUGUGGUCUUCUGGUCCCUCUUCCCCGACGGAGAAUGGGGCGAGAUGCAGAACAUCACGACAACUCGUGAGCAGGUGGAGCUGAGAGGGCUGGAGAAGUUCACUAACUACAGUGUGCAGGUGCUGGCCUACACGCAGGCUGGGGACGGGGUCAGGAGUAAUGUCCUGUACAUCCAGACCCGCGAGGACCACCCUGGCCCCCCGGCUGGCAUCAAAGCUGUGCCCUCAUCCACCAGCAGUGUGGUGGUUUCCUGGCUACCCCCGCACAAGCCCAAUGGAAUCAUCCGCAAGUACACCAUCUACUGCUCUAGCCCCGGAUCAGGCCAACCGGCCCCCAGUGAGUACGAGGCCAACCCCGAGCUGCUGUUCUACCGGGUCACCCACCUGAACCGCGGACAGCAGUACCUCAUCUGGGCCGCCGCCGUCACCACCGCCGGACGGGGGAACAUCAGCGACAAGGUCACUGUGGAGCCUGCUGGGAAGGCCCCAGCUAAGAUCCUAUCGUUCGGAGGUACAGUGACCACUCCCUGGAUGAAGGAGGUGAGGCUACCCUGCAGCUCCGUGGGCGAACCCACCCCCACCAUCAAAUGGACCAAAGACAGUGAGGACACGGCCAUCCCGGUGACUUUGGACGGUCAGAGGCUCAUCAUGGCCAAUGGCACACUGGUCCUGCGCUCGGUGAAAGCUGAGGAUUCUGGGUACUACACGUGCACGGCCACCAACACGCUGGGCUUUGACACCAUCAUUGUCAACCUGCUGGUGCAAGUUCCUCCAGACCAGCCCCGUCUGACUGUCUCCACCACCUCCUCCACCUCUAUCACCCUGGCCUGGAUCCCCGGGGACAACGGAGGAUCCGCCAUCAGAGGUUUCGUGCUGCAGUACUCGGUGGACAACAUGGAGGGGUGGAGGGAUGUGUUCAUCAGUUCCAGUGAGAGGUCCUUCAAGCUGGACAACCUACGCUGUGGCACCUGGUACAAGGUCAAACUGGCCGCCAAGAACAGCGUGGGAGCGGGACGCAUCAGUGAAAUCAUCGAGGCUAAGACCCACGGACGAGAGCCCCAGUUCAAUAAGGAACAGCCGGUGUUCACCCACGUCAACUCUACCCACGCCCGGCUCAACCUGCAGGGCUGGGCGAGCGGUGGCUGCCCCAUCACGGCCGUGCUGCUGGAGUUCAGACCUAAGGGGAACUGGGCGUGGCAGAGCGUGCGCACCAACGCCACGGCCGACGUGUUCCUGGCUGAGCUCCGCGAGGCCACCUGGUACGAGCUGAAGAUGAAGGCGUGUAACAGCGCCGGCUGCGGGAACCAGAGCUCUCAGUUCGCCACGCUGGACUACGACGGCACAGGUACCAUCCCUCCCAUCAAGUCAGCGCGGCCGGAGGGCGACGACGUCAAGAAGCUCUUCUCCAUCGGCUGCCCUGUCAUCCUAGUCACUCUGGUCGUCGCCCUGCUCUUCAUCAUCCGCAAGAAACGCAAAGAGAAGAGACUGAAGCGACUGAGAGAUGCCAAAAGCCUGGCUGAGAUGCUGAUCAGCAGUAAGAAUAACCGGAGCUUUGACACCCCUGUGAAGGGGCCCCCCCAGGGCCCCCGACUCCACAUCGAUAUCCCCAGAGUCCAGCUGCUCAUCGAGGACAAGGAGGGCAUCAAACAGAUCGGUGAAGACAAAGCCACCAUCCCAGUGACGGACACAGAAUUCAGCCAGAACGUGAAUCCACAGAGCUUCUGUACGGGCGUGUCUGUGCAUCACCCCGCCCUCAUCCAGAACACCGGCCCUCUGAUUGACAUGUCCGACAUCAGACCAGGGACCAACCCGGUGUCGAGGAAGAGCGUGAAGUCGGCCCACAGUACGAGGAACCGCUACUCCAGCCAGUGGACCCUGACCAAGUGCCAGUCGUCCACGCCCGCCCGUACCCUCACCUCCGACUGGCGCACCGUGGGCUCCCAGCAUGGCAUCACCGUCACCGAGAGCGACAGCUACAGCGCCAGCCUCUCACAGGACACGGAUAAGGGGCGUAACAGCAUGGUGUCCACAGAGAGCGCGUCCUCCACCUAUGAGGAGCUGGCGCGGGCCUACGAACACGCCAAGCUUGAGGAGCACCUGCAGCACGCCAAGUUUGAGAUCACCGAGUGCUUCAUCUCCGACAGCUCCUCAGACCAGAUGACCACGGGCACCAACGACAAUGCCGACAGCAUGACCUCCAUGAGCACGCCGUCCGAGACGGGCCUGUGUCGCUUCACCGCCUCGCCACCCAAACCCCAGGACUACGACCGCGGCAGACCUACCAACGUGGCCGUGCCCAUCCCCCACCGCGCCAACAAGAGCGAGUGGACUGGCAAAAGUGACUACUGUAACCUUCCCCUCUACAUGAAGACAGACCCUUUCUUCAGGAAGCAGUCGGAGCUGCAUGACCCGUGUCCGGUGGUGCCGCCCCGCGAGGCCUCCAUCCGCAGCCUGGCCCAGCGGGCGUACCACACCCAGGGCCGCCACAUGACUCUGGACUCCUCCAAGCAGCAGCAGGCUCUGACUGUGGGCCACGCUGGCCUGACCGGCCUCAGCGGCUCAGGGGGAGCAUCAGCGGGUGGCAGUGGUAGUGGUGUAGGAGGGGCGACUGGAGGGCCGUCUGAUGGUUCCAGCACCACCUCCCUGUCUCAGAGGACUCUCACCAUGCCCGGUUCCUCCUCUUCCUCUGCCCAGAGCACUGCUGCUGCCGCUACCGCCUCGGCCAGCGGGGGAGCCACGGGGGGAGACUCCAGAGACUCUCUGCUGGAGAGCAGCUCGUCAGGCCUGGGCAGACUAGAGAGACAGAAGCAGGCGGCUGGUGGAGCCUACUCCAAAUCUUAUACAUUGGUGUAGCUGGAGCAACUGGUGUAGAUGUUGGAGCCCUGGGAAGGGUUAGGGGCCACACAGACACACGUACACACAGCUGGCGCCUGCACUGUCAGGCCAAAGGGGCCGCCAGAUUUGGGUUUUUAUAGCACAGGCGUUCGUCUUCUUCUUUCUGCCAGUUUGUGUUUUCUCUGUCUAUCCUUUUCUCUCUCUCUGUCUCGUUCUCUUCCUCUCUCUAUCUAUUUUUUUAAUUUUACCUUCCCUGGAAAUAACUUGCCAAACGCAACAUAAUUGUAAUAUUUGUUUUUUUUUUUACUUUUUUUUUCUCUCUCUCUUUCUGUCUCAUUAUCUGUUAAGACACAUCAGAACUUAUGCACAGAAUACUUUCUAUGUGCACUUCUUGUCUUGAAUUCAGAACGGUAAACGAAAGAAAAAAAAAACAAUAUAUUUAGAGUUUCACAUAAACCUGUCGAGAUGUUUUAGGCCGUUUUACGUGUUCCUUUUCACGUCUCUGAACAGAGAGUUCAGAGUUCGUACAGGAGCGCAUUGCCACGGACAGUGCUUAUGCAUAAAGCAACGACCUUGGUGUCUGUCUCUGGCCCUCCAAAGCCAUCCUGGCACGGACUCACACAAACAGGUAACAGACUGUGGUUUCAACGACGAGUCUUGGAGGAUUUUUUUCACGCAAUUCAUGACACGGUAUAGAGUGUUGAUGACUCUUUUAUAGGACACCAGGAAACGGAGCGGGGGGGGGACAAAACUGGAAUCGUCUUCACACGAAAGAUGAAUCAGAUUUUUUUUCUUCCUUUUUUGGAAUAUAUAUACUCAUGUGCAUUAAAAGAGGGUAGAAUGGAUUCACAGAACCUUCACGAGCCUGCGUGUGUGCGUGUAUAUGUGUAAAUAUGUAUACAUGUGGCUGGCACACACCUGCAGUGGACCUUUCUAAUCAACCUGUAUGCUGACUCCUUGGCGGAGGGGUGAGUUGAAAACCCCCUGUCCAUCUGCUACUGAACAGUGUUUUGGGGAAGAUGAUGUCACACUGUAUGACGUCACAUGUCGGUCUCUCCCUUCUGGACUUUGGUUGGCCUGUGUGAUUUGACGCUGGCAGCAUCGCCUUGGAGACAAUGAGUUGAUUUGCCGUGCAUUAGAGGUGCCACCCCUCCUCUGGGUCCUCUCUCUCGUUCUCUCCGUCCCCCUGAAGCAGGAAGAAGACCCUUUUGUUCUCUCGUUAAUUUGCGCUUGGUGCCAGACACCCCCAGUCCUUCAUACUACCCCUCGGUCUACCCAAACCCCUGUAACCCUUCCCCACCACCCCACACCCCCAUACCCCACCCCAUCCAUACAGUCUCACUGUGACCUUCUCGCACACUCUGCUAGGCAGACAGACAUCUAUGACAAUAGUUGGGACUGACUGACAAAAGAUGAAACGGACAAGAAGAUGGAUGGAUGGACAAGUUUCAGAUUGAAACAGAGGAGAAUAUACAAACGUGAUAAUGCAGCGAGGAAAGAGUUGUGUAAGUGUUUAGGGAAGGAUGAAAGAGAUGGCAGGUGAACAUGAGUUAUUCUUAUGAAAUGAAGGGGUCUCAAGAAUAAAUAUGUUGUCUAAGGCCCCCCAACCCACUAAAAUGUAUUUAAACGUAUUGUCGGGUUCUGUUGACGUUUCUGUUUUUAUUUAUAUUAUUCAUUAUACACCCAAAGCUUAGCACCAUGACAAAGAAACGUCCCCCCAAAAAAUAAAUAAUUGCUCAAAAUAUUUGCAAUGGAACAUUUCAAAUCAGGGCUCUCACAAUAUAUAAAAAAAUAUAUAUACAAUAUGUGUUGUCAAAGAUAUGUACAUAUAUAUUUAUAUCUAAAUAUAUAGCAAAUAUAUAACUAUUGAAUAAAGCAGAGAGAUAUAAAGUCAUCGUAAUUAAAAAAAUAUAUCAAAAGUGAGACAAUCGCUCAGCGGAAGAAGCCGUAGGUUAGGAGGAAGAUGAAGGAAGAGGAGAAAGUGGGCCGAAGAACGGGAAACGGCUAGCACAACCAAGAAAGAUAUAGAGAGAUGAAAUAGACAGCGAGCUACAGUAUCUGAGGCCGAGUUUGGGGAUGUGAACAUUGAUGCCAUGGCCUCAUGGGCGUUUGCCCCUGUGCCAGGUACAUAGGUAGCUACAGUGCAGGAGCACAUCUACACCAAACAUGCCACUCAGGAUGCAAAGUGUCUAAGUAGUUAAUGAUGGGUAGGACCUUAGCCAGUGAGGUCCGUUGCCAACUAAUGCGGUCGAUAAGCAUUUUGUGAUGGUCAGAAUGACUGGUCUGUGAACCCAAUGGCAGCCAGUGUGGUUACUGUGUCUAAUAACAUCCGACCUGUGGUUGAUUUGGUUUGGAGUUGCCCCUGUGGUCCGCUGUGGUGGAGAAUACACACACUGCUGUGGUUUUGUGAUCAGAAUGGUUUUUGUGGUCGGUGAGGUAAAGUGUGUUCAUUGCCGUCAGCACAACCCGCUUUUAAUUGUACCUGUGGAAAGGGGGAGGGGCAUCAGUAACAGGAGAAAGGAAGAUUUCAGGGAACCUCUAAGCGUUUAUAAGUACUUGUAGUGGAGAGUUCGUGCGUAGCAGCUCCAGCACUGAGUCACCUAGCUGAGGCAACAUCCACUGUGGAUUUCAGCUCAGAGCCUAACCCUGGCACAACUAACCCUGGCACAACUAACCCUGGCACAACUAACCCUGGCACAUGGGGAUUCAGGUAACUGUGGUGGGCAAUGCCAAGGCACCAACCCACCUUCUGAUUGUCUACGUCCCCAAAUCUAAGGCCAACUUAGAAGUAUGACCCUACUUCAGGUGUUAAGAGAGUGCAACGGGUGGAACCAAAUGGAACCUGUUGGAUUGCACCUUCCGAAGGUGUGUUCUAUUGACAACCUCCAUGACGUCUCAUGACUGAACUUAGUGAAGACAGGACAUAGUGACCGCUGUGUCUUACCGUUGUCAUUAUGUCCCUGCACAGUACUCCUAUUCCGGACAUACAUAUAACUGUUAUAACUGCUCAUAAUUGAGAACACUCACGCUCCUCCCUGCCUGUUGCAGACAGUGAACAGGACAUGGAGCAUUUGCAGAGAGAAUAAUCUUUUCUUUCCUGUUGAUAUUAUUAUGGUACUGUUUAUUUUGCUUUGGCUUCCUUGGUUAUGCAAUUAUCUUGAAGCGGUUUGAGACGCACAGUGGUGUCACGUGAAGGGGCAGGCCUGUCUAGCCAAUUGAAAUCAGGGACUCCCUAGCUCCAACCAAUCACAGGAAAAGCUGUGUGCAUAUUGGGCGGGGUCAGGAAUCAAACUCCCUCCCCAACCUACCCUAACCUUUGCCCCACCUAUUUGACUAAUCAGACCAUCAUUUACACCUGGUAAUAACAUGUGCCCUGUGAUCAGAUUUGGCCCAAAAUGUCUACUCCAGCCCAAUUUGAUCGGAUGUGAACAAAGAUCCAUUCCCAGGACACAUGUUAAUACCAGGUCUGAAGGGGGUCUCAGAUUAUCCCCUCCCUGCACCUCCUGCCAAAACAGCAUUUGCUACCCCACGAUUAAAGACUCUUGUACAUAGCAAAGUGUUUUGUAUAAAUACGUACUAUUUUCAACAUCUCCAGAUGAAACCAGGGCACAAUGUAAACUUUGAUUAAUAAAGUUAUAACUUGAAACAGGAGAGGGUUAAAGAAAAUUACAGCAACGCUGCUUACAAUUAGAGUUUUGAAUGGGGCAACAACAACAAACAAAAAAUCCAGAGUGGACCACAUACGGCUUUCACAAUUGGUUCCUCUUUUUCAAGAGGUUUUGUUGAGUUCAAUUUUGGGGGCCAUUGAUUGCUUUGUAUUGAUUUUCUUUUUUGUAGUAUUUUUUAUUUUUAUUUCUGUUGAGGAAAAACGGCAUUGCAUGCUCUGAAUAUUUUGCUGGUUAUAAAAUGGAGAAACAAACGCGAGAAAGGGGUGAGGGGAAGAAAACAUUCCUAAACUUUUAUGGAAAAGUUGCUUCAAUUUGCAAUUGCUUGUUUAACUCUACCGUUUUUUUUUUCUAUGAAAACAAACAAAACCAGAAAAAGAGUACUCCAACACCUUGUGCAAUAAAGCUAUCUUUCUAUGA